AUUGGUCGAAACAUUCCGAUCUGAAGGUCAGACUGGUGGUCAAAGUUCACUUACAAAAAUAAACAUGGUGCUCAGAGUGUACUAUGAUUUGAUGUCCCAACCUUGUCGGGCAAUUGUGAUGUUUCUGAAGUUGAAUCACAUUCCAUAUGAAGACAAAAUAGUUGCACUAAGGAAAGGUGAACAUUUUGAGGAGCCAUUUACAAAGCUGAACCCAUUCCAGAGAGUGCCUGUUAUAGAUGAUGAUGGCUUUGUUUUGACUGAGAGUGUGUCUAUCUUAAAGUACCUAUGUAGGAAAUAUAAACUUGCCGACCACUGGUAUCCCCAAGAGCUAAAGAAACAAGCUAGAUGUGAUGAAUACUUAAACUGGCAGCACUGGAAUACAAGAAUGAAUGCAGCCAUGGUGUUCAGAACUAUUGCUAUAGACACUAGGAUGACGGGUAAGCCUGUAGACACAGAGAAACUAAAGAUGCAUCGCCACCAACUUGAAACUACGCUAGAUUUUCUUGAAAAUGUGUACUUAAAAAGAGGGCGCUUUCUUACAGGAGAUGAAAUAAGCAUUGCAGAUAUCCUUGGAGUGUGUGAGUUGAUGCAGCCAUAUAUUAUCGGCCAAGAUGUUCGGGAUAAUCGACCACGUCUGAAACAGUGGAUGAAUGGAACCAUAGAGAGGCUCCAGCCUCAUUUUGAUGAUACGCACAAAGUGAUAAUGAAAGCAAGAGAAAAAUAUCUAAAGAGCCAAGCAAAAUUGUAAACAUGGAUGGCAUACCAUGGACACCGAUGUCAUGGUGUGGGUAUUAAUAGGAAAACGGGUUUCCAUCAGCCUUCCCUAGGGAGGCUUUGAGACUAAUUCCAAUUGUUUCCAAUGUACAGGGUGAUCCAAAAAAGGUAACCAAACAAAUGUUAAUAAUUCAGUCAACCAAAGAGGGUUUAA